UACAAACAUCACUCAUUUAGCUUAAAAAUAUAUUAAAUUAUAAAAUAAAAUUACAUAAGAAGUACAAAAACGUUGUUAAUUACAAGUUUAACUAUACGAGAAGUACUUUUUUUCUUACCACCUCCACCGCGUAAUGACAUAUUGAUAUGUAUAAUGUAUAGGUAUACGCAAUAUGCCAAUAUUAGGAAUGAAGGCCGCAAGGAUAAAUUUAAAAUGUUUGUAAAUUAUAGCAUGGUAUGGUUAACUACUCGUUGUCACUUAAAUAUUUUCAGACAUAAUACAAAAAACGCAAUCAACACAGUUAAAUAAUAAUAAAUUCAAAAAUCAAUAAGUGAUUUUCACUAAUGUUGUUGCAGUAGGUAACCUAUCUAUCGACUGACUGAAGUCUGAAGCUUUCGUCAGCGUCCACGGUAACCCGCCCGAUAACGGGUUCCAGCCGCGGUGAAAUAAUAAUACGGGAAUAUAGCCUUUGAUGGAAAACGGGCGAGGGUCACUUUGGCGGAAAACAGAAACCCCAACUAAAAUGUCAGUGUUAACUGACCACUACCGUACUCAGGUGAGUGCAUCGUCGUAAGUACUGACAUUUAUUCGGGUCUAUCUAUUUUCCAGUGAGAUUGUAUAUCGACCACACCUCCGCCGUCGCAUUAGUGUCCAGGAAAUUCAAGGUCGUCCGCGGUUCCGGCUGCUACUGUCUGUGGCACAGACGAUGCAAGUGUUACCAGUUUGAAUCACAAUAUACCACUGGUGGUAGAUCGUUGAGCCAGGCAGAGUACACCGGUGCGGGGUUCCUAGGCGACGUGCCACCCAGGGGGGCGGUCGCACAGGGGGCUGUCAGGGACUGGGACAUGCUGGUCGCCAGUCUGGUAUUCUGUAUAGGAUACCUGGUCGUAGCGCUGACUCUGGGCCUGCUCAAAGCUGUGUCACCGUUUAGCAGCCACUGGCUGUGGAUGGUCGGUUCCGGUAAACGACAGCUGGACGCGUACAAGGAACCGGAACUCAGACCGUGCCCAGUGAUCCGAGACGACCAUGGUUACUGCGUGCACCCCAAAACCAAGUCCCGGCACAUACGGCUACUGAACAGCGGCGAGGAGUUCAUCACCAACACGCUGUUCUUUGUCUGUCUCCCGACCACGGUGUGCCGGUGGUGCUACAACCGGACGAACGGUUACUAUUCCAUGACACUAGAAGAUUCUUGUUACAGUACGUUGUCAGACAAUCUGAAGGCCCAGGAUGAUUCAUCGGAGCAGACCAGCGAUUGUGAUUUACAGCAGCAGAAUAUCUAUUGUGAUUCCCAGAAGCUGCUGGAGUCCAAUCCGCCGGAAUAGGUAUAUCGAAUAACGAACGAUGCAACUGACUUGUCUGUUACAACCUUGUACCUAUCUUCCUACCAAUAAUAUUGUUAUAUUAUUUCUACCACGACAGCGAUUCUUAUGACGAGUCGUUCUUUUACGUUAAAAGGCUUAUAUAAUAUUAUGCACCCCAGCUGACCAUACGUUAAGUAGUACCUAGUUGAAAUAUGCUAGUUUAAAUAGUUCAAUGUUCACUACUAUAAUGUACUACAUAAUGUAAAUUAUACCAGUAUCCGGUUGUCGGCAAGUUCCUCAAACUUCUAUAAUAACGUUUCAAAAACUACAGUUAAAAAUUAAAACUAUUGGAAAACCCGGAGUCACCUUAUAGACCACCUAAAUUCAUUCCGACAGUCACUACUACCCAAAGUCAUCGUUGUUAAAUAUUUUCUAAAAACAAAUUUAAAAGAAACAUUAUAUUAGAUAUAAAUAAUAAAUAUAGUCAUAAUGAUAAUAAUAUGAUAAAUAGUAAAUUAGAUGAUUAUGUGUUCCGCUAUAGAGAAAAACUGUUCAUAUUUAUAAAAUGCACCCAUUCCACUAACAAAAUCGGCGGUGCAGAAAAUGCGCACUGAGUGCGCACGAGUGUU